AUGACACUUGGCAAUCCUCACAAUUCACCAACAUUGUUUAUGAGCAUCAAAGCUCAUCCAGCGCCCACCAUGGCAGACAACGGAUCCCACACCCUGAGCAUUGAGGAGGAUAGCCCUUACGGCUAUGUUCCAACUCGAUACGUCACCAUCCUUUUCCUGGCGCUCUUCGGUGUAUCCACUGCCCUUCACUUUGUCCAAACUAUUCGCUACCGCAUGUGGUGGUUGUUCCCGACGGUUGGUUUGUGCUGUAUCUUGGAGUUGCUGGGAUGGGCCGGGCGCCUGUGGUCCACCUUCUCUCCAACGAACGAAGAGGCCUUUCAAAUACAAAUUAUCGGCACAAUCCUAGGCCCAACUCCCCUCCUCGCCGCUACGUUCGUCAUCUCGGAAAGAAUCAUUGAACGGCUCGGUACAUCGUACAGCAGGCUCACCCCCAAGUGGUAUACCAUCCUGUUUAUCUCUUGUGAUGUGACCUCUCUUGUCAUCCAAGGCGUUGGUGGCGGGAUAGCCGCCUCUGCUGCAACCCCUGACGGCGCCCACACAGGAGCAAGAAUCAUGCUCGGCGGUAUCAUUUUGCAACUCAUUGUCAUCGUCGUCUAUUCCAUCUGUGCUGUUGAAUUCAUGACUCGCUACUUCCUUCGCAAACCCGUUCCAUCCCGCCUGCCCGAGGGCAACAGCAGUUCCGCGUCUUCCCAAGUCACGCUUUCCCAUGGCAUCCUGACCAAACGCCUCAAUUUGAUGUGCAUUGCAUUGGGUUUCAGCACGGUCGUACUCUUCAUCCGCGCAAUCUACCGUACUAUCGAGCUGGCUGAUGGAUGGAACGGCCGCAUCAUCGAAACGGAGGUGUACUUCAAUGUCUUGGACGGCGCCAUGGUUGUACUUGCCAUCUACGUCCUCAAUAUCGCUCAUCCUGGCGUACUCCUGGCGGCGCCCGCGGUCGAGGAAAAAUACGGCGCUUAA